GCCAGCGCCGAGCGUUGAUCCGGUAUUUAAUAUUUAAUAUUCAUCCGCGCUGGUUUCGCUGGUGUUCUUCCCACUCCAAUCGCAGGAUGCCACAAGUCAAAAAGUAUAUACAAUUUAGCCCUCAGAACUAGCCUGCAGUCCAGAACCAAAGUUUAUGACAGAGUCAUUCGCGAACUUUCUUCUCACUUCCUCGUUCAACAAUCCCUUCAGUUCGCGGCCCCCUCGUAUCUGUUUCGAACACAUCUCCCACACUCACAACGCUCAAAGCGUUUAAAUCAUUCACGCGUCGCAUGGCUGAAGAAUUAGACUCAACGACAGUACCCGUGGACUUUGUCAAGGAAGGAGGCGAUUGGCUGGCCAUAUUUAAUCCCCGCGUACCUCGCCAGAUGGACGUGCAGCUUGCAGCGCGGUACGUUCAUGACGGCGUGGUAUGUAGUGUGAAAUUUUCCUUGGACGGGACAUUGCUUGCAGUAGGCAUGGAGGGUGCCGUUGUACUUUACAACUUGACUCUUGGAGAGAAGUUUACCUUCACACUGGAGAGUAAUAGUGGAAAACCAAAUCAUGCACGAGCUGUUUGCAUCAGUCCUGAUGGUCAUUUUCUUGUCGCUGGUUCUGAAGACAGACUCAUAAGAGUCUGGAGUAUCACGAACCGCAUGUUGGUGCAUGCUUUGGAGGGGCACUCCGGAGAGGUGUAUGCUCUAGCGUUUACACCUGACAACAACACAUUGCUUUCAGCGUCCGGAGAUUGCACGAUUCGCGUUUGGGAUGCGACUCAGUUUGCUGAGACUCCUGAUGCUAGCUCAAUCAUCCUCGAUGAAACUAUGGAGGCCACCUGUCGUGUACUUCGCCCCAGCCCUGGUGUCAAGCUUUCAUCCAAGCUCGCACUAACAUCUAUUGCUGUCGACUCAACUGGCAAGUUUGUUGCUGGGGGGUCGUUGGAUGGAAUGAUUCGAAUCUGGAAGGUUGACGGCACCGAGAACGGCAGCACGGAGCCGGUGGAGACAUUAAGCGGGCAUGAGGAUGCUGUGUAUAGUGUGCAGUUUAUUGAAGGCGGCUUGGUGAGCGCAAGCGUGGAUCGCGUGCUGAAACACUGGAACAUAAGUGAAGUGGGUGUUGGUCGCACAGAGUGUCGAAAAACUCUGCAGGGACACAAAGACUGCAUUCUCGCCACAUCUGCACUUCAAAUUGGAAGAGAUCAACGCGUCGUGUCCUCGUCCCGGGAUGGGACGGUAAGGAUGUGGGACUUGAAGACGGGCAUGGUGCAAUUCGUGAUCCAGGGUCAUAAAAACACUGUGACGACUGUGGAUCUUUGCAAGGAUGGACGGCUGUUAGCAUCUGGUAGCGGGGACUGUGAAGUGCGGCUAUGGAGCUACUUGAUUGUUUGAGAAUGUCUAAGAAAGUAUCUUAUAGUUUCCCAAUAACAAAUGAAUCGACUAUAUUGGAGUUGUAAUCACAGCGCGGUGAGGUGGUCACCAAUGAUUCAUUAGUGUACGCAUAGUCUGUCGUUUGCGGAGCUGGUGCGUUUACUAUGAAUACAGAUAUAGGAAGCUC